AUGUCUUGGUGUAAGCCAAGGAGACUGGUUGGGAGAUGCCCGGUCCUCUUCCUAUUGGCCUUGUGCUUUGACGUGCUGGGGGUUGCCCUCAUCCUGACUGGUGUUUUUGCCAACCUGCAGCUGCAAGGUCGCAGUUUUGGGGAGUUCAUCAUCUACUACAGCGGUGGCAUCCUGGUCUUCUUCAGCCUGCUGUGGUGGCUGUUUUGGUAUUCCUUCAACCUGGAGGUCUCCAUGGAGGACUUGUUGAAAGAAAACCUUGCAUCGCCUAAGAAGAGCAACCUGAGGCAGCUGGCAAGGAAGUUCUCGGAGAGGCUCUCCAAUAGGGGCAGGAGGACAAUGGUAAAGGGCAGAGGUGGGUUACCUGUUGGGGUUUCCUCAACCCCAAAUCCACCUGGUGGACCUGUACACCUCACCCCAACCAUCCUCAUUAAUGGUGCAUUCAGCGGCCCACUGGACACCCCCUCCCUGCAGCAGAAGAACCUGGAGCUCAGUACCAUCAAUAGCCUGUGUGGACAGCUGGAGGCGGCAGGUAUCCAGGUGGUGGACAGGCUGGUGUGA